GGUGUAAUUUCUGCACAGCGCAAUGUUGUGAAUGAGGGACAGGGUGACGUCAGCGCUCGGAUGUCAACAAUGUAGAGCUGGGCGAAAGCAUUUCAUACGAGGGAUACAAACAGCAGAGGAAGCUGCACGCUGUUUUUCAAAGAGACAAAAACGACAACAUUCACUUAAGAGCAGUCGUAACACAUAUUAGGCCUAACCACACGUUAUACGUUAUAAUACGAAAUAUUGAUGACUAUUGCUAAACGCGCGCUUUCAGCAGUUUGGAGUCUGUGCUGCUGAAGUCACCAUGUGGAAUCAAUCUAAUUUGUAAGAGACGGACGGAGCGCUGACGUGCAAGAAAACAGGAAAGUUAAGGGUGUGAGCGGGAUGUCUCUGGAUGAGGGGGCCCACGCCGGGUCUAGGGAGACGCCCAUGUAUGUGUAUGAGUCGACGGUGCACUGUGCCAACGUGCUGCUGAGUUUGGAGGACCAGCGGCGGCUGAACAUCUUGUGUGAUGUGACGGUGGUGGUGGAGGGGACAGAGAUCAGGGCCCACAGGGCCGUCCUGGCAGCCAGCAGCAGAUACUUCCUACAGGUGCUGCUGGGACACACACAACCCGAGCAGGAGCCAAUCAUCAGCCUGUCUGACAAGAUCACAGCCAGGGGGUUUGCCCCGCUGCUACAGUUUGCCUACACAGCCAAACUGGUUCUGAGCAGAGAGAACAUCCAUGAGGUGAUCCGCUGUGCUGACUUCCUGGGCGUUCACAACCUAGAAGACUCCUGCUUCCGCUUUCUACAGGCCCAGCUGCAUAGCGACACGACUGAUCACAACAAUGGCCUUUGUCGCAAGGAGCUGCCGCCGUCGGCGCACACAGAUGACCUCAUCACGGAGGAGGACGGUGACGGUGGUGGUUCUGUGUCGUCCGAGACCCCCAGAGUGACGUCAUCCUCUUCGACGAGGUGGCGACCCAAUCACUCUACCCUCAUGCCCCUCACCAGCAGCCUGACCUCUGACCUCCCACAAUGCCCCAAAUACAGGAAGUACCAGCAGGCCUGCGCCAAGCACAACGGAGAGAACAAGGACGAUGAUAGCGUCACCUCGGCCGCCUCGUCACUAUGCCAUGCCUCAGCCUCCCCAGGCCGCUCAGAGACCAGCAGCACCCACCAAGGGAUACACCCCCUCUCCCCCUCCAGAAUCAAAGACGAGCCCCGCUCCGGGGGCGAGGGAGAGGAGAGCCCCCCAGGACUGUCAGAGGAUAGCCAGAAUGUCCUGGAGCUGGAGUGGGAGGGGAGGCCGGAGCCCUCAGCGCAUCCCCCCAGCAGAGGUUCUCCAUCUUGCCUGCACUCCUACCUCCAGAGGGGCCUCCUGGAUCUCAACAACCGAGCCAGCACCCUACCUUCCACUCCUCUCACCCAGCAGCUACUGACCAACAGACUCUCACUAGCCCAUAACAGGGACAGAGACAGGGAGGCAUCUCAGGGGGAGGGUGGAAGGGACCUCAGGGCGGUGUCUGCAGAGACAGUGGGAUCUUCUGUUGGAGACAUAGAGGGGGUAGUAGAGGGCAUGGCAAUGAAGCCCCUUGUCUCAGACGGAGUCAGCAAACAGGAAGUAGAGUUGGAUCGCCGCAGCAGCGUCAUUUUCUCCCCCGGGGCAUGUGACCAUCUGGGAACACCAUCUCAAUCCUACUCUGACCGGAAGUCUCUGGAAAAAGAUCUGUUGGAGAUCACCUCGAAAUCCCUGUGGACAGGGGUUAGUCAGUCUCUCCCCUUCCACCAGACAUACUCUCCCCUACCCUCCUCCACCACCCCCCCCACCGCCCUCCAGGACCCCCUGCCGACUAUGGCCUGCCGACCGCGGCCCACCACCAGCUGCCCUCUGCCCAUAAAGAUCUCCCCCUGCUCCCCCGCCUGCGAGCCACGCACACGCACCUCCAGCUCCUGCUCAUCUUUCUCCUACCUGGAGGACGGGGGCAGUGGGGACUCGCCCUCCAGCCUGCCUCAGUUUGACUUCUCCUCUUCCCCAUGCUCUGUGUCGGGCUCAGGCUUGGCUCGCUGCCUGGUGGGGGAGCAGAGGGAGCACAGUGGGAUGGUGGUAGGGGAAGCCAUCUUCUCUCAGGGCCGCACCAAGAUCAAGUGUGAACGGUCGUAUGGGGCCAACUCCACUGAUGAAUCCGGGUCCUUCUCAGAGGGAGACAGUGAGUCUGGCCCUGCCAGAGAGCCAGGUCCCGAAGUCAAACUUCCCUUCCCGGUGGAUCAGAUCACCAAUCUUCCGCGUAAUGACUUCCAGAUCAUGAUAAAGAUGCACAAACUGACCUCAGAGCAGCUGGAGUUCAUCCACGACCUCCGGCGGCGCAGUAAGAACCGCAUCGCCGCCCAGCGCUGCCGCAAGAGAAAGCUGGACUGCAUCCAGAACCUGGAGGUGGAGAUACACAGACUGGUGCAUGACAAGGACAAGCUGCUGAGUGAGAGGAACCAGCUGAAGGUGUGUAUGGGUGAGCUGUGGCAGAACCUCUCCUACCUGUCCCAGGCUGUGUCCCAGGAGGUGUGCAGGGAGGUACAGGGGAACCACGAGAAGACCCACGCUCUGCUCCCUACACACAGGUCCAGAGAUCCUACUGCCACCACCAACAGCAUCUCCAUCACGGCCAGCAUCGACCUCACCUCCAACCCAGGCUCCCCCACCUCAGAGGGCAGCCAGGUCAAGUCCCCCUGCCCCUCUGAAAGCCCCAUGGAGAGAGCCGUUGGCGCUGGGCAGAGGCGGCAGGGCAGUGGGGAGAUAGAUGUAUCUGUCCUAGGGCAGGAGGACCCUGAGUCUUCCCUGGAGCCUGGAGCGUCUACGGGUGUGUGUAGCCCCACUGUUUCGGUGGAUUUCUCUCAGGAGAUGACUGAGAAAUGUACAACAGAAGAACAGCCCAGACAGGACUGUAUCUAGCUAGCAACGGAAAAUGAAUAGCUAGUAACAGGGUGUGUUUUUAUUGUUAUUAUGACACACAUCGCUACCUUGAUGUAUAAAGUUUGAAGUACAUUUGUUCUCUGUGUUUUUUAAAGGAUGACACUACAGUUGUCUUAUCAGCAAUACUUUUAAACAGGUAUUUUGGAGAUAUCAAACUCCAUACAACAUUGCUCUGGCAGCUUCCCCUCUCUCUCUCUCUAUUUCUGUCUCUCCCUCCCUCCCUCCCUCUCUCCCAUCAUGGGAGUAAACUCAGGAAUUCCUCUGAAUGUUUAAUAAUGUUCAAUAAUGUCUCUGUAAAAAGCUAUUUAAUUUCAAAUUGUACAUCUGAAGAGUUCUUCUAUAUAGCUGCGAGUAGAAUGAACUCUCAUAUGCAAAGUUUCCUUCAGUUCUAAUUUCUCACUUUCUUUUUCCUGCAUUGUUUAUGUACAUUCCUCUUUUGCCUUUAACACACAGUAGCAUCUAUGGUGAAAGAAAGAAAGGAAUCAACACACAGUAACAUCUAUGGUGAAAGAAAGGAAUCAACACACAGUAGCUAAAGUGGGAAAUAGAAGAAAAACAAAAACGUAUUGCACCGUUCAACGGUAGAGGUACCGUUUGCACCGUUCAGCGGUAGAGGUACCGUUUGCACCAUUCAGCGGUAGAGGUACCGUUUGCACCGUUCAGAGGUAAUCUAUCUCAUUUAUACUAACAAUGCAUUUACACUAGCAAAUGCAUUGACAUUGGCACUUAGAAAUGAAAAACUCCCAAGCCAAGUACUUACUUAAAUUAUAUUCAACAAAUAUAAAUGGUGUCAAAGACUAUCAUUCUUAUCUAAACCAUAUUGCUCUUUUAGAGGUAGAAAUGUAUUGUCCCACGUGGUGAAAAUGUAAUAUUUUGUUCUGAGGUAUUUUCCAUUACAUUUAGUGUGAAUCAGAUGUAUUAAAGAAUUGGGGUGGAAGUGGAAGUCACCACAUAUUCCUGGUUUGAUAAUCCUUAAAUAUAAGAGUGCAAUUUAUCCUCUAAACUUGUCCAGUAUUCCUAAUGGUGUAUUAUCAGAUGAAAUGUUGAAUACUAAUUCAAAGAGAUGCUUAGAUAGUUGUUGGUCCAUGGUAAUGCCAAAUUAUUCCAUUGUGGAAGAUCGUUCUGUAGCAUGUGUCAUGGUUAGAUUAGUGGUUUCUUUGUUGUUUUCUCUAGGAACUUUCCAAUGUCAUAUUCUGGGAAUUUCAAUUGACAUCCUUUAGUUUUCCUCACAGUAUAAAGUACCAAUGACAGAGCUCCACAGAAUGUACUGUUACUCUGAGUACACUGAAUAUACCGAUCACCCCAUUUUGAUAUUUUUGAAUUUGAAAAAUAAAUAAAAACAUGUUCAGUUAUUUAUUUUGACAAUGUUUCUGUGGGGAUGAAUUGUUGGCACAAAAUGUAGGCCUGUACAUUUCCUAACAUUGAUUCUUGUGAUUUUUAAUGGUUGUUGUUUUUACUGACAAUUUGGAUGAAAGACAAAUCUUUUCUUUGUUUUAUGAUUCACAAUGUCCUUAUUUAGUACAAAUUAAGCAAACGUUUAAAGCGGUAAAAGUGUUUACAAAAGUCUGUGUAACAUGUUUGUGUUUUUUAAGGAUUUUUCCAUGACAAGAGACUUUGCAUCAUUGGAUUGAUACGUUUGGGUUUUGAACUGUUUUUAAAAUGGAACAUACAAUUGUAAGUGGAUGAUGUGUUCACACAAGAUUUUAAACGUAUGUUUGACAAAUGCAGCUCCAAGUCUUGCCUUAGAGGUUUCAAAGGCCAAACUCACGUGAAAGGGAAGGGAAGGUGUCAAUUUAAAACCAUACUGUGGAAAAAUAACAUUCUGUCCAUACCAUGAAAGAAAUGACUGAUUUCAGUACAACCACAAUGUUUACUUGUUUGGGGAAAACAUAGUCGCAUUUUCUCUUAAUGUGCAUUAACAAUGUUAUUUUUCCACGGUGCAGGUUUGAUUGAAUCCCAGCCUGAGUGUAUGCAGAGGUUAUGCCUCAUGAACUUUAUGGACUCUUACACUUAUCUACCUGCAAUUCUGCAUACCUCUCAUUUUUGGUCAAGGACUGUACAGUUGGAAUACGUUGUGUGUGGUUUUGUUUCUAUGGUUAUUAUUGUAUUUGUAGAUUUUUGGUGAGAUAUUUUUUAUGUGUAAUUUGAGUAAACCGCAAGACGAAAGAUAUCAGCUGUUUCACUUUUCCCUUUUUAGCUUUUAAUGUUCAAAUUGCCUGAGUUUGUUAUAUUGUAAAUAUUAUGUAACUGUUGUUUUUGUUAAUUUGACAUGCAAAUGUUUUGGAAGAAAACUUUUUGUCAAGACGCAAUUUCUGUUUACGGAUUAAAACAAAUAGCAUGCGCCAAUUCUUUGUAUAUUUUUUAGUGUAAAAUUAUGAUAUAUCUCAAAAAUAAUCCAUCAAAGACGAUGACAAAAAGUGAUUUUCAGUUUUAGUAAAUAAGCAUUUAAUGUCAUGAAUUAAGAUUGUGUAUCAAACAACUACACACUCAUAAGAAUCUAUUGUUGAAUGUUUAACUUAAAAAAGUUCAAACUAAAUAAAAGGUUUAUAAAAGUGAA